UAUAUAUAUAUAUCUCUCUCUCUCUAGCGAUUGACUUUAGAGGUCAAGUGAAGUGAGUGAAACUUAACAUAUAUAUAUAUAUAUAGUCGCCGGAACUAAUGGGAAGAGCGCCGUGCUGUGAGAAAGUGGGAAUGAAGAAGGGGCGAUGGACGGCGGAGGAAGACCAGAUUCUCUCCGACUACAUUCGUUCAAACGGCGAAGGCUCGUGGCGUGCUCUUCCCAAAAAUGCCGGGCUGAAAAGAUGCGGAAAGAGCUGUAGAUUGAGAUGGAUAAACUAUCUGAGAUCAGACCUCAAGAGAGGAAACAUAACUCCCGAAGAAGAGGAGCUAAUUGUUAAGUUGCAUUCCACUUUGGGAAACAGGUGGUCGACAAUUGCCAGUAAUCUACCAGGAAGAACAGACAACGAAAUUAAAAACUACUGGAACUCUCAUCUCAGCCGCAAACUCCACAAUUUCAUCAGAAAAUCAACGGUCAUGAAUGUAGUCGAGAAUGCUCCUCUGCCUCCCUCUCUGCCGCCGCAAAAGCGAAGACCCGGUAGAACCAGCAGAUCCUCCAUGAAACCCAAAUCUAUCCUAAACCCUAGAAACCAGAAAACCCCAAAUUCUCUAGAGGCAAACAAAAACGACGUAGUUUUACCGAUCAGUACAAAGAAGAAUGCACAAGAAGGCGCAUUAAAUGUGUUGUCAAGUUAUAGCGUGAGUGGAGCCGAGGAGACAGGUUUAGGACCAUGUAGCUAUGGAGACGUUCGUUACUGUAACCCGAGCAUUAAUGGCGACGAUGGGGUAUUUUGUAACAAUGACGACAUCUAUAAUACUAACUCGUUUCUGUCGGACGAGCCUAAUGCCGUCCACGUGUUCUCAUCUAAGUCGAACAAUGCAGAAGACUCUGACAAGAAGAGAGGGUUCUCCGCUGGUCGCGAGAAUAUGGACACGAUGGCUGAUGAUUUCAUUGACUGGGACUUUGUUUGUAGAGAAGGUCAAUCCCUUUGGGACGUGAAAGAGGGUCCUCCUGAGUCAGUUUUGUCGUCCUGGCUGUUAGAUGGUGAAAAAUUUGAAUCCGACGACUUCGGAGAACCGUUGGAUCUCGACGAGGAAAAUGCGAUGGUUGCUUGGCUUUUGUCUUGAAAGAUUGACACCGUCAACUUUUUCCUCCAAACAAUUUAGCAUAGGUCCCACUUCCUCGUUGGUUUAUGAAUAUGUAGGUUCCUUUUUUUUGUUCUGUGUA